AUGUCGGCUGACAGGGACGGAGAUAGCCGGGUGGAAGGGAUUAAGAAGUCCAUCCGAGCCAUCCCUGAUUGGCCUAAGAAGGGCAUCAUGUUCCGCGACGUCACGACGCUGCUGCUGGAGCCCAAGGCGUUUCAGGACUGCAUCGACAUGUUCGUCGAGCGCUACAAGGACAAGGGCUACACCGCCGUCGCUGGAAUCGAAGCACGGGGUUUCAUCUUCGGCCCGCCAAUUGCACUCGCCAUUGGAGCCAAGUUCGUCUGCCUCCGGAAACCACGGAAGCUUCCAGGCGCGACGAUCAGCGAGGAGUAUGCGUUGGAGUACGGAACGGAUAAGAUAGAGAUGCAUCUGGGGGCAGUGGGGCCGGAGGACAAGGUUCUGCUGGUGGAUGAUCUCGUGGCUACAGGGGGAACUCUUGGCGCUGGCAUCCGUUUGAUAGAGCGAACUGGAGCACAAGUGGAGGAGUGUACAUGCGUCAUUGAGCUUCCUGAUUUGAAGGGACGUGAGAAGCUAGGAUCAAAGCCGCUGUAUGUACUGGUAGAGUAUGAAGGAGAGUAA